AUGGGUCGCUCAUCUAAAGACAAACGCGACAUCUACUACCGUCUGGCCAAAGAAGAGGGUUGGAGAGCCAGAAGCGCCUUCAAGUUGCUGCAGCUGGACCAUGAGUUCAACCUACGUCAGAGUCUUGAAAAGGUCAUGAACUUUCCCACCUACGAGAGCAUGAAGCAGUAUUUGCACUUGCAGGGUGCUGCCUCUUGUCAAACCUCUGCUGAGCCUGCCAGUCGGAUGGAAGUGGAGUUUUAUUACGAAGCAAUCUGA